GGACAAGCUUCGCGUCUAGGCAGUUUGGGAUCCCCGGCUUCUCUCUCCACCAUUGCCUGUGGAGCUUCUUCGCCUCUGGAGGAAAGGACUUGCUUUGGGGAGGCCUUGCAGCCUCCUCCUCUUCCGCAGAAGGAGCCUCGAAGGAGUCUUUCAGCCCCCAGACUCUUGUUGGUUGGUGAGCAGCUGCUGGCACGAUGGGGCACGAGUUGACAGCACAAGAAAAGUAUCAUCUGAUCACCCGGAAUUUACAGGAAGUUCUUGGAGAGGACAAGCUGAAGGCCAUCUUGAAAGAGCGUGAGCUGAAGAUCUAUUGGGGGACAGCCACAACAGGAAAGCCUCACAUAGCUUACUUUGUGCCCAUGUCCAAGAUUGCAGACUUCCUCAAAGCUGGAUGUGAGGUGACGAUCCUAUUUGCUGAUCUCCAUGCCUACCUGGACAACAUGAAGGCCCCCUGGGAGUUGCUGGAGCUGCGUACCCAGUAUUAUGAGAAUGUGAUCAAGGCAAUGCUGGAAAGCAUCGGGGUGCCUCUCGAGAAGCUCCGAUUCGUCCGUGGGACUGACUAUCAGCUCAGCAAGGAGUACACACUGGAUGUUUACCGCCUGUCCUCUGUUGUCACCCAGCACGAUGCUAAGAAAGCGGGUGCAGAAGUGGUGAAGCAAGUAGAGCAUCCGCUGCUGAGUGGCCUCCUCUAUCCAGGACUGCAGGCACUGGAUGAAGAGUACUUGAAAGUUGAUGCACAGUUUGGAGGAGUGGACCAGAGGAAGAUUUUCACCUUUGCGGAAAAGAGCCUCCCAUCCCUGGGCUAUGCCAAACGCAUCCAUCUGAUGAACCCCAUGGUGCCCGGGCUGACUGGCAGCAAGAUGAGCUCUUCAGAGGAGGAGUCCAAGAUUGAUCUUCUGGACCGUAAGGAAGAUGUAAAGAAGAAGCUGAAGAAAGCUUUCUGCGAGCCAGGGAACGUGGAGAACAACGGUGUCUUGUCCUUCAUCAAGCACGUGCUCUUUCCGCUCAAAUCAGAGUUUGUGAUCCUGAGAGAUGAGAAAUGGGGAGGGAACAAAACCUACACAAACUAUGCGGAGCUGGAGAAGGACUUUGCUGAUGAGGUUGUCCACCCUGGAGACUUGAAGAACUCGGUGGAAGUGGCUCUGAACAAGCUCCUGGAGCCCAUCCGGGAGAAGUUCAGCAGCCCCCAAAUGAAGAAGCUGACCAGUUCUGCAUACCCUGAUCCCACCAAAGCUAAGUCUGUGGUCAAGGGACCUGUGAAGAACUCUGAUCCUGAGGAGGUGGUACCCUCCCGGGUGGACCUCCGUGUGGGCAAAGUGCUCAGCGUGGAGAAGCAUCCUGACGCAGAUGCCCUGUACGUGGAGAAGAUUGACGUGGGGGAGCCUGAACCCCGGACUGUGGUCAGCGGCCUGGUAGAAUUCGUGCCCAAAGAGGAGCUCCAGGAUAGGCUCGUGGUGGUGUUGUGUAACUUGAAACCCCAGAAGAUGAGAGGAGUAGAAUCCCAGGCCAUGCUGCUUUGUGCUUGCAGUGUCGGGGAGCCUUCCCUAAUAGAGCCCCUAGACCCCCCAGUAGGCUCGUGCCCUGGAGAGUGUGUCUUUGUGGAGGGCUUUGAGAGCGGCCAGCCGGAUGACGAGCUGAAGCCCAAGAAGAAAGUCUUUGAGAAGCUGCAGGCUGACUUCCAGAUCUCUAAGGACAGCGUGGCUCAGUGGAAGGGGAAGAACUUCAUGACCAAGCUGGGGAACGUCUCAUGCAAAACCCUGACGUGUGGCAGCAUCCGCUAAAGAAUGUCUGCCUGCCCCUUCCGCAUUCCCGGCCUCUUGCUCUUCCUCAUUCACCUUGUCCAUUGAACAAUCAAGUAAUGUCCAUCCUUCACUGACAGCUCCUCCCUGGUGUUUCCAGCCAGGGUAGCCCUCUGCCACGCUGCCUCAGAUCCGUGGAAUUUACAACUUGGAUCGAAAUCAAGUGGGGCGCUAGAUGGAUUUGUUAAAAAUGCCUAUCUGUGAAGAAAGAAGAUUUGUUUAUUUUCUGGACUGUGGGAGCCAAGGGAAAUUGUUUGCCUCCAAGUAUUUUGGGAAUGGGAGGGGGCAGAGAAGAAAGUAAGGAGACUUGUGUGCCCUCAAGUGAAUGAGCAAGUCACAGCAGUAGAGGAGCUGUAUGGUCAUAUGUAUUCAUUUGUGCCACUCCCUUCCUCUUUUAAGUUGCUGCUUAUGUCUAGCUUGGACACAGGCUGGCAGACGACGGAGGCAAGGACCUCUGUCAAGCAGUGGUUUAGACUUCUCCCUGAAAAAUGCCAAAUUCAAAGUAAUUUAUUAUUAUCUUCAAAUAAAAUGCCACAGUGAGACUUCUUGUCUUUUAGGUAGACCCAGCUUGACUUUACAGGGCUUUGUAGAAUUCUGGGAUUCUUAACUAGUUACCAAGAAAUUGGUCUUAAGAUAUUUCUAUUAGAACCACAGUAUCCCAGUGAGCAGGCUUCUGCGCUCCACAGGACUCUUCAUCAGGUUGGAUGUGCAGAAUAAUAGGAAAAGAGUCAGGAGGGAGCAAUUUUUCAGGGAAUGGCAAAACAGUUUGCAGUUCAUAAGGUCUUAAAAUGGCAUGUUGCAUUUGCUGCCAGUUUAAGUGGAUUGGAUUAUGCUGGGCAGGACAGAGUCAAACUGGACAGGGUGCUGGAAAUCUUUGACCACUAAAUGUAAAAAAAAACCCCAAACCUGUAAAGUAAUGUUGGCGGGGUCCUGAUGUGGAUUGGUGCUGGGGAAAGGUAGGUUAAUCACCCUUUUCAUGUGAUUUUCUGAGCUGGAAAUGAUUCUUCAUUACUACUACCACCACACACCUAGUCAAGCUGCUUUAUGUACCCUGAGAAAAGAUGCCUUCAAAUUGGGGAAAUGGUACUGGCGUGUGGAACAGGAAGCUAACCAUGGCCCUUUCCAUAUCACCCAUCCUAUUUUAGAUCUGGAGUCUUUGUGUAGCAUUCCAGCCACAGAAAUGUAGUGUUACAUAUUGUACGAACUACAAGUUUCAACAAGUACUGUAGGCUAUUGCAGAAAACCAGCCUCUUCCCACCACUUCCACCCAGUUCCCCUUUGAAGAUCCUCCUCCUAAGAGUUGAAGAAGUCCACUCCGACUUCAAUUCAGCUAUUCCCAAAAUAGGAAGACUUGAACCCUGCCGGUUCUUACACAGGAAUGUCUUCACAAAGCAGGAAGUUCUGGUAUUUAUUUCUAUAAUGUGCCCCCUGUAGUGAAUCAGAUGAACAUUAAACAGUUGAACAAA